AUCCAUCAUAUUUUGCUCAAAUCAACUUUUGGUGUCAGGAUGAGAUGUAUGAUAAAACUUACAAUAAUUCGAGUUCUUUGUACAAUUUAAAAUGAAUCUCAUGUACGAUUUCUCUCACAAGAAAGUGUCAAAUAUAAUUCACCCCUUCUAGCAAAUUAAGGACGAUAUGGGCUGGUUGUUGUAUGAAAAAGGAAUCUAUUCAAUAUUAAUUAAUUUAUUAACAUUUAGGGGAGGAAACUAAGCAAAACUGCAGUCAAAGUCUAUGCUUAUAUCCGGUAGCUAAAGACAAAAGGCGCGGGGUCUUUCUUAAUUUGUCCCUACCCUAAUGACUCGUUCCUUUGUCUCCAUAACCAUAAUCUCGUUUGUUUUCUCUGACUAAUCGUAAUUAAUAUUAAUCUCGCAUGACUUUGUUAUACGGAAGUGGUUACUAACCGAGAUAGCUGUGUACGACACGUACGUCUAGCUAUAAGAGGAGAAGACGCGAACCAAGAAAAUGAAUACAACAUAUAUCCAUCUUAUUAUUAUUAUUAUUAUUAUUAUUGUUGUUGUUGUUGUUGGGUGUUUUUACUUGAACUUUUGCAUGUUCCCGUCGAAUUCUAGCUUUUACUAUUACUUGAUUUACUUCUGAUAUUCGUACCCUUGAAACAAGAAGUUCCUUCAUUAGUAACUUCAUAUGAUUAUACAGCACUAGUAAAAAAACUUUCAAAACAAAGAGAAUGUAAAUAGUUCGAGUAGAGAAAUUUAACAGAAGCUUUUCAUCAUCUAGUCACAGGUAAUCGCACAAAGUGGUAUUUAAUUUCAUGGACAAAGUUCACAUCGUUAGCGUCAUGAUUAAAAGCAUUCAAUGAAUUUUGGAGGCUCUAUUAUAGAAAUAGUAUGUGAGUAUGUGACUCAAACAAUUUAAAGUACAAUAAAAUAGAAAACAUCACAUUGAUUAGUAAAUAAAAAUCACAAUAUCUUUAUUUGAAAGCAUUAUCUUUGAAAUCUUUAAUUUUUUUCCGGUACGUACAUAUGCCUAUAAUUCAUAUUAGUUGGACUUAUUUUGGAUGUUCGUAAUAUUUGGAGGCUCAAAAUGAAGCAUAAAGAAUCAAAUUUUCAAUAACGUCUAUUUUUAAAUUGUCGACGCGGCGGAUUCAACUUGAAUGAUUUUAGGUCAAUAUUUUUUUUUUCUAGGCGUAUACCUAAUUUAUGGCAAUUGUACGGAUGAUGAAGACUCCUAUUGUAAUAACCCAACCCAAUGCUAGUAACGUGAAGGGAUGGGGAAUUUAUGAGAGAUGGAGUGGGACAGUAGGAGGAGCGUCUGUGCUCCCUUAAUGAUAUGAAUUGCUCCCCUCCCGUCCAUAAAUCACUCGCUCUACUUUGCCGACCAAGCAAAAGAACCACCCCCAGUAUACUCCAUCAUUACGGCUCCCUCACUAUCUCACGCUUCAAUCACCAUCAAUCUUGUCCAUCAUCGUCGACCAUCUUCCAUCACCCAAACCACCACCGAUCCGACCCUCCAAUCACCAAAACUGUUAUAUCAAUCCUUGCCCUCGAUCUAAGUAGACAUACAUCACCUAAAAGCUACAACCAGAGACACCACUCAAGUCGCCAACACGCACGCCGGAAACCAUGUUAAAGUUGUCCUAUCUUUUCCCUGUACGACGUCAUCGCUCUCCACGACCCUAGUUCAUUUGCCUCACCUCCACUAGGUAAGGAUCACGAAACCACCUCAGUUCUAAGUUCAAAUCCAUCAAUAGCUAACCAACUCGACGGUUGUGAACCGUAGUUUUGACGGAGACGGCGAGGACAACAAUCUCGGGGCUAUCGAACGACGAAUCUAGCGGCUCAAAUCUAGAUCUAGGCACGAAUACAAGGUAAGGAUAUCUGGCCCCGAGCAUUAAAUCGAUGUUUGCGCGACUAAAUAUGAGUUUAUCAAUUUCUAGGUAAUUAGCGAAGGUUUCACAGCCUUUUAGUGACGAACUCGUAGAGCAUUAGUGACUGCUGAACUGAUGGUUACUAAAGACACUGCAGAGUAUUAUUUAUUUAUAAAUCCACGUAGUCUUGUUUCUUGACAAACAGAUCCUUAGACUUUGUUAAAUGAUCGAUUUAGUUCUUAAAAUUUCAUAAUAUUAUAAAUUAGAAAUAAUUGAAGUAGUAAUCAAGAUAAUUAGUAAUAACUCCGUAUAUAUAGUUAUCCAAAUAAUAUGAUAAAUGUUGUUAGCACGUGAUGAAUGAAUUAAUCUCAUUAGUUAGUUAAAUUGAUAUGAUUAGAUAAGGGGAAAUGUGCUAGUUUGUUAAUCUGAUUAGUAUGCUUUAUUAUAUGCUUAUUGAACCUUGAGUUGAUGCACCUAGGGUUGUUUUCGCACAAUUAGAUUUUAAAGAUUAAGAUUGACUAAAAUCUUAAAUAUUAGAGGUAAAGAAUUACGAUUCUAAUAUGUUAGAUUAAUUGGUAAAUUAGUAUACCCUACUUUGCACGUUUUCAAGUUUAGAAAGCCGUCGCUAAGAACCCGAAACCAGACCGAUCUAACCUCGGUUUCCACGAUAGGAUCAGGAGGCAAAUCACCCAAGUGUAGGCACCAAUCUUCAAGUUGUGAACGACUUAAGUUAAUAAGGUGCGUGGUUUGAGGGGGCUAGUUAGUAUUUCACUUUAAUUUAUCUAAAAAUGCCAUUUAAUAUAGUUAUGCUCUAUGUGUAUGGUCAAGGUAAGUUUACUUAUGUUCAGUAAGCAUGGCAUUGCAUUCCAUCAUGAAAUUACAUUUUAAAUAAGAAGAUACAAGAUUAUGUUUCAAGCAAGUUUAUGGACUCGGUUUCCAAGUUACCAAGUUAUUAAGUAAUAAUACAUUUUUAACUACUCGCUCGACUAGUAACACGCGGCUACCUUACUUCCUGCUAGGUGGAAGUUUAUGAUUAGGAUAAGUUAUGCCGGUGCUGGUCAGUUGCUUAGAUAGCACGCGGUUACCUUACUUCCCGCUAGGCGGAAGUCUAUGAUUAAGAUUGUGUCUUCCCAUUAGGUGGAAGCUCACAUAUAUGUAUGUUACGAUCGGUGUCGGUCAAUGUGCUAGUUGAGUCGAGUUCGGGCCCUCUUUUAUAUGAAGCAAUAUGAAUAAAGUAUUAUGCACUGCACGAGCAUAUUUAUUAUUUAUCAAGUAUGUUAUUACAAGUUUUCCGCCAUUAAAGCGAAACUAGGAUUAGGACUGACCCCAACGCCCGCACUCAGGAGCUGCAGGGAAUCAAGAGUAUCCAGAUCAAACGCAAGGACAUAGCUGCUGCCCAAAAUGUCAUCACAAGGGUUAGUAACCGGGGGAGCUUCCAGCGGAACUUAUUUAAGUUUAUGCAUUGUUGGUGGACUUGAGACUUAAUGAGGAUUAUGUUUGAAUACUGUUUCAAGAUGGAUUUUCUCCUUGUAUUUUGGAAUGAUGUUAAUGUGAUUUUAUGCAUUUACUAUUCGACUAAUAUUAAGGGUAUUUUGGUAAAAGUAGUGGCCGGCCGGUCUAUGAUGUAACACCUAUUAUUAGAAGAUUCUGUACAAGAGGCUGGCCAACACAUGCUAUUAUUAGCCGAUCUUGUCAUCGGUCGCCAAAUAUUAGUAUCGUCGCUAAAGGAUGAUUUUUUUGGAAUGUGAAUCGAGAUCUCCCCAAUGCGGGCAAAAAGUCAAAUCCUGAACGGUAAUUAAGCAGCAGCGUAUGAACACCAUUGAACAUUAAUUCUUUUAUUAAUUAAGUAUAUAUUAUUAGAGAUAGUCAUUAAAUAAAAGAAUAUAAAUAUUCUUUUAUUUAAUGACGAUCUCGGCCUAAGUUAUGGUCCUUAAGGCCUCUUUUUUAAGGAAGAACUUAAAGUCUUCUAAUUAGCUAAUUUAAGAUUAGGUAGUUAGUAGGGAGUUAUUAGUUAAAAAGUUGUUAGGGGUAUUAAGGAGAAACCAAUUAAAUUAAAACAUGCCUAAUUUUUUUUAAUAAAACCCUAACCCGACGGUAUUCAUCUGUUUAUUAUUCCUUCGUCGUCCCAACUUCUCCGUCGUCCCAGGCCGCGUCGUCCCAACUUCUCCGUCGUCCCAGGCCGCGUCGUCCCAACUUCUCCGUCAAAGCACGAGUUCUCCGUCGUCCCUUCUCCAUCAAAGCACGAGUUCUCCGUCGUCGUCCCUUCUCCGUACCUAUGAGUUCAUCAGCCGUUGUUGUCGUUGUUCUCCGGUUCGUCAUUGUGUUCUCCGUACCUAGUCCAUCAGCCGUUGUUGUCGACUGCCUACUUCGAGUUCUCCCUCCCGCUCUGGUCGUCGUGACGACGAUUUGAUUCGAGUUCUCCGGCGUCGCUCGAGUUAUCGUCUCUUCUUCGUCGGCAAAGCACAGCAAUCGGCCGACGAUUCGAGUUCUCCCUCCCGUUGUUGUCGUCGGCCGACGGUUCGAGUUCUCCCUCUCUCUCGUUUCAACUCUCAGUCUCUCUUCGGCGGCCGCGUUUUAAGGUAUUUUUUUGUCUCCGAUUUUUUUGGCCGCUAUUUUGAGGUUUUUUGGCGUUGCAUGAGAUUAGGGUUUUGGCGAUGCAUGAGAUUAGGUUUUUGUCGUUGCAUGGGACGAGUAGGCGCUGCACAAUGGUAGGUCCAUUUUUAAUUUAUUUGGUUUCUGUUAUUAAUAAUUUCGUGGACGUUUACAGAUUUUUUUUCUGUCCAUUGUCACUCGUUCUCAACCUUUUGGCAUCCAUUAUUAAUCAUUCCGUGGGCGUUUGGAAACCGUCUUGUGUCUCUAUUAUUGAUUAAUACAUGCUCGUUUUCAACUUUUUUGCACUCUAUUAUUAAUCAAAUUGUCAUGUAAGUCAAUUAUUUGUGUCCGUUGUUAAUCAAUCUGUGCACGUCAAUUUUUCCGUCUCCGAUAUUCAUUUCGUAUUUGUGACGUUUUUUCGUCGCGUCGAUGCAUGGGAUUAGUCGGUGCACAAUAGUAUUUAUUUUUAAUUUUUUGUGUCCAUUGUUAAUCAAUUUUUGCUCGUUUGGAACCUUUUUGCUAUCUAUUAUUAAUCAUUCGGUGGGCGUUUACAAACUGUUUUGGUCAACAUUGUUAAUCAAUAUGUUCUCGCUCUCAAUCUUUUGCUCUCUAUUAUUAAUGAAUCUGUCGUGUUAUGUAAAUUAUUUAAUUGCAUUGGUAAUUUUUUUUGUAAUGUUCAUUGCUAACGUGAUAAUUUUGUGAACACCGUAAUCAAUUCUUCUCGUGUUAUGUUUUUUAAGUAUUGAUCGUUAUCAACACUACUAAGUUAUGUUAUUUAUUAACAUUUUAUUUGUGUAUUGAUCGUUAUUGGAGAAUGGGUUAUUAAUGAUUUCGUGGACGUUCUUUAUAAUUUUUUGACAGAGCAGGUAAACAGAGACGAGUUACUACAGAUUGCUUCACAAUUUGGAUCCCAAUAUGGCUAGGAGUAUUUCUUCAGUUUUUGCAAACUUGGCAAUGUUCAAAAAAAUUUCGUUUCUCUAUGAUUCGGAUUCUGAAUGGAUUAUGUCGUCGGUUUUUGCAAACUUGGCAAUGUUCAGAAUUUUUGUUGAAUGUUUAUUAAUAUCUUAUCAUUAGUUAUCAAGUUAUUUGAACACGAUUGUUAACGACCAUUGAUUAUCAGUGUUUUUAGAACACGAUUAUUAACUUUUUCUCCCAAUUCAUUAAUUGAAUUUCGAUGAUUUAUUAGAACACGAUUAGACUUUCGAUGAGUUAGAUUAUCAGAAGUUUAUUUAACAGUGUUUUAUUAACGACCAUAGAUUAUCAAAUUGUUAGAACACGAUUAUUAACUUUUUCUCCCAAUUAAUUACUAUUUUUAAACCUAUUGUCAAUAUUUUGUAGGACCGCUUGGAUUGAUAGAAAACACUGUAAUUAAAACCUAUUUAACCACUGUAAUUGUUAAUAACUGUAGUUUUAGAAUAUGUUAAUAACUGUAAUUAUUAAUUCUAUAUCAUAUCAUUAGUAAGAAAAUAAUACGCUAGCCUUCGCAAAAACAAUACCUGACUACAAGUGCCACAUAAUAAUAAUAAUACUGUGUUCACAAAUAGAACUUUGUUUGGUGAACAACGCAUAGUCCAAACACCUCUAGCAAUCGAGUCCUACAAACCAUGUACUUCUACACUAAUGUGUAGUCCAAACACCUCAUGUAUGGUUAAACCUUCUGCUUCUUGGCAGCCUUCUUUUCCUUGUCUUUCUUUGUCUUAUUCAUUUCCUUCGCCCUCUUCUCCCUGGCAAUUGCUUGUUUACCCUUGAAUAUUGAAAUCACGAAUGUCCAUGACAGGUAUAGCACUAGCAUCAUUCGUAUGAACAUCAUCCACCACUCCUGCAACAAUGAACACAUCACGUCACUAGCACAAGUUUAAUCAUUCCACAUAUAUAUAAGAUUAGUCAACUAACCUUCAUCUUCUACAAAUAGAUUUUCUACUGUAAUCUCGUCUUCGCUUAAGUCAUUGUUAUUGGAAAUAUCUUCACCUUCCAAGCUGACAUCACAAGGUACUUCAUUCAGAUCUGCAACGUUGAAAAAUUAACAAAACUAUUACCUUUAAUUAUUACAACUACCCACUUCAUUAUUAAUAUUCCUUCUCCGAUUAUUAACCUAAACACUUUAACUUUUAACAAUUAAUGAUAAAUUAUUAAUCAUUCCUCUCGGAUUAAUUAUUAACAACCAUCAAUUAUUAACAACUAUUAACCUAAAUACUUUAAUUAUUAACAACUACCACAUGAAUUAUUAAUCAUCCUUCUCCGAGUAAUGACUUUUACUUAUUAACACAUUGAAUUAUUAACCAUUUCCUUUUUAAUUAAUAAUUUAAAACAACUAACCAUUUACUUGCAAAAUGGAUUAUUAAUUUAAACACUUCAAUUAUUAACAACAAAAAAAAGUAUUAUUAAUGAAUUCGUAUUAGCAGUUAAUAAUCGUGUAUGAAGAUAUUGAUAGUAGGUUUAAAAAUAGUAAUGACCUGCUUACAUGCAAAGUUUAUUAACUGCUAAAGAUAUUUCUCUCGGAUUAAUUAUUAACAACCAUCAACAUCAUUACUAAUCUUCCCUUCUUGGAUUAUUGACCUAAAUCGACAAUGAAAUUUUACAUGCAAAGUUUACUAUUAACCUAAACAUGCAAAUUAUUAACAACUACCACAAGAAUUAUUAAUCAUCCCUCCCCGAGUAAUGACUUUUACUUAUUAACACAUUGAAUUAUUAACCAUGUCCUUUUUUAAUUAAUAAUUUAAAACAACUAACAAUUUACGUGCAAAGUGGAUUAUUAAUUUAAACACUUAAAUUAUUAACAACAAACACAAGUAUUAUUAAUGAAUUGGUAUUAGCAGUUAAUAAUCGUGUAUGAAGAUAUUAAUAAUAGGUUUAAAAAUAGUAAUGACCUGAUUACAUGCAAAGUUUAUUACUAAUUUAAACACCUCGGAUAUUAACAUUUAACGAAGGCAUUAUUAAUUAUCCCCCACCUAGUUAUUAACUUAAAUUGUUAACAACUCUGGCAUGUUUUAUUAAACAACGCAACCAAAAACUUACCAAAAAUAACGGGUCUUGGCGAUUCCAUGGAAAAGCUUAGUCUAUGAACGUGGUGAACGACAGACAACCGAGACGACGACAACCGAGACGUUACCGGCCUAAGAUGCGAGUCGAUGACGACGAAGGAGAAGACGAUGUCGGAAAGCAAGCGCCGAUAGUCUACGAACGCGACGAACGGCAGAUGAGAAGGAGAGACGACGACAGCCGAGACGUCACCGGCCUUAGAUGCGAGUCGACGACAAAAAACGAGAAAACGGGAUGACGACGCCGCAAAGCAAGCGCCGCAAAGCAAACGCCCGGUCGGCUGCGCGACCUUGACGGUGAUUUCUGAAGGAUGAAUAGGUUUAGGGUUGGGAGGAGAAUGAUUUCUCCCAUUCGUUCCUUAAUUAAUAAUAUCAUUUAAUUAUUUUCUAUAUUCCUGUCUUAUCCUUUAACGUAUUAAGUAGGUAGUUAACCAAUCAUUACUAAUCACUCUCUCUCCUUCUCCUAUUGGCUGAAAGGGGUUUAAGAUUUUCCUUAAAAAAGAGGUUUUAAGAACCUGAUGUAACCCAGACUAUCUCUAAUAUAUAUAUAUGUACUUCUGGAAAAUUUUCAACCCUUUGAAGCGUUUAAUUAAGUUCCCCACGAGUUCCGGCGGGCGAUCAUAACAUCAGAGAUCGACUCGGUCGACGUUUGUCAAUACCGAACGACGACCAUCUCCUCCCCUCGAACUUCGACUCACGGAGUACGUUUGACCUUUUGUAAUUUUCAAACCCGGCCCCUUUGAUAUGCGAGACGAAGAAAAUUAUUCAACGCAAGGGAUUGACCCCUAAUGCCAGGAACUCUGCAAGUUAAUUAAUCUUAGUCAAAGUAAGAGGAUAAGUAAUCCUGAUUAGGAGUGGAUAAUUGGUGCGGUCGAAUCAAAUCGCAUCGCAUAGCCACUUUGAUGGCAUGGGAGGCUAUAUAACCCCUCGAUUCUUUGUAAUAUUACAUGCAAAUUUUGUAAUUAAUUUGUAAAAUAUAGUAGUUGGUAAGAUUUUAACUCCGGACAGUUUAAAUUCUCUAAACUUAAAAAGUUAAGAUAAGGGAUUAAUUCUGACCACCGCAUACCCAAUGUAUUAAAAAAAAAAUCAUCACGUACUCAAGUAUGUAUAUAGAUCUGA